AUCUUAGAAUCGAUACCCUACACAGCUGAUUUAUUUGUUGACAUUUGAAGACGUUUUCACGUGUUGCACAACUUGGCACAAAGAAACACAAACAUCAGUAUUUAUUAAUAACUUGACUUGAUCCUCGUCGAUUGAAUAAUUUGAUGUAAGUGAACUGAGGUUAGUCUUCUGGUUUCAACGCGUAUAAUGGAGGUGACUGCUUUGACUCUCAAUUGCUGGGGCAUUGCCGGUGUUUCGAAAGAUCGAAGAACUCGUAUAGAUGCCAUCGGAAGUCAUCUGCAAUUAGGCCACUAUGAUUUUGUUUUCCUGCAAGAGGUUUGGGUUGAAGAUGACUUUCAAGCGAUAGUAAAAAAAGUUGGCAACAUUUUCCCGUACAGUCACUACUUUCACAGUGGUGUCAUUGGUGGAGGAAUUUGCAUUCUGUCCAAAGCAAAAAUAAUCGAUGUUCUCUUUCACGCUUGGUCCUUGAAUGGAUACAUUCAUAAAAUUCAACAUGGGGAUUGGUUUGGUGGCAAAGGUGUUGGUCUAUGCACUGUUGUUUAUCAUGGCCUGAAAAUCAAUCUUUAUGUCAGCCAUCUCCAUGCAGAAUACAAUCCGGCAAGUGACGAAUACUGUGCCCAUCGCGUAGUGCAAGCAUUUGAAACCUCACAGUUCAUCCGUUAUACCCGGAACAAAGCUGACUUCUGCAUCCUCGGUGGCGAUUUAAAUACCGAACCGGAAAAUUUGGCAUACAGGCUCAUAUGCGAUCAUACUUCAUUGAAAGAUUUGUACCUCUCUACCGGAAAACCGGAAAUUGAAGGUAUGACCAGCGAAACACCAGCCAAUUCAUACACAGCAUCGGAAAGCUUACGGGCCUGUCCAAAUGGCAAACGCAUCGAUUUCGUCAUGUGCAGCUCGAGGAAAGGCCUUCAGAUCGAGACAAUCGACGUCAACAUUCCACUGCCACCCCGCAUUCCCAACUAUCCUUUCAGUUAUUCCGAUCACGAAGCAGUUUGUGCUAAACUUCGAAUCCUAGAAAGCCAGUCCGUUUCCGCCAACCAGAAAUGGAGCAAAGACACGUCCAUCUCGUCGUUAAAAGAAGCCUUACAGGUGUGUGACGCUGCGCUGAGGAAUAUUGCCAACGACAGACGCAACUAUUGGCUGGCUUUCGGUAUAUUCGUCGUCCUUUUGGCCGCAUUGCCGUUCACGUAUGACGGCUCACGCAUUGUCCACUACACCUUGACGGUCACCCACUUGCUGCUCACUCUAGUCGCUGUUUUUUGCCUAAUCAUGGCCACUGUGUGGAAUCGGAUCGAGCGACACGGCAUAUUAGCUGGUAGACUUGCCAUAGUCACUCGAAUCCAAGCCCUCGAAGAUUCCUAAAUUCCCGUAAUGUAUUUCAGUAUUCAAUUUGCAAAAUAAUGUAUUGUAUUACAAUUACGAAAAAUUCGACGGUUAUAUUCCAAAAACCAAAACCCAAAACACCCAUUUUAAAUACAAGUUAUUCCUGCCGCUAGA